CUCUAGCUCGGGCGUUUUCACUCCCUCAGGCCGGGCUAGCGAUCCGGUUUCCUAUCCUUAAAUGACGGUGGUGGCAGUGCCUCAGAGUCUGUCGCGCUGUGACCUGCGGUGGUCGUGGGAGUCGUAGGAAGGAUUCAGAGAGACCCAGGAAACCUAAAAAUGGACUCAGUGACCUUUGAGGAUGUGGCUGUGAACUUCACCCUGGAGGAGUGGGCUUUACUGGAUCCUUCACAGAAGAAACUCUACAGAGAUGUGAUGCGGGAAACAUUGAGGAACCUGGCCUCAGUAGGAGAAAAAUGGGAAGAUCAUGACAUUGAAGAUCAGUACAAAAACCAGGGGAGAAAACUAAGAAGUCAUGUGGUAGAGAGACUCUGUGAAAGUAAAGAGGGUAGUCAGUGUGGAGAAAAAUUCAGCCUUAUUCCAAAUCUCAAUCUGAACAAGAAAACUACUGGAGUGAAACCACGUGAAUGCAGUACAUGUGGAAAAGUCUUUACGCGUCAUUCAUCCCUUAAGAGACACAUGAGCUGUCACACUGAACGUAAACCAUAUGAGUGUCAGAAACAUGGAGAGAAGCCAUAUAAAUGUAAGGAAUGUGGUAAAGCCUUUAGCUAUCUCCAAUUUUUGGAGGCACAUGAAAAAAAUCACAAUCGAGAGAAAAAAUAUAAAUGUAAGGAAUGUGGAAAAGCGUUCCAUUCCCGCGCAUCCUUUCAAACACAUGAAAGGAUUCACACAGGAGAAAAACCCUAUGAAUGUAAGGAAUGUGGGGAAGCUUUCAUGUGGAGCACAGCGUUUCGAAGACACAUGGUAACACACACUGGAGAUGCUCCAUAUACUUGUAAGGAAUGCGGGAAAGCUUUUAAUUGUUCCUCUUCAUUGCGAACACAUGAAACAACUCACAGUGAAGAGAAACCCUAUCAGUGUAAACAAUGUGGAAAAUUCCUUAGAUAUUAUCAUACUUUUCGAACACAUGAAAGGACUCAUACAGGAGAGAAACCCUAUGAAUGUAAGCAGUGUGGUAAAGCCUUCAGUUGUCCCAGUUCUUUUCGAAAACAUGAAAGAAUUCAUACUGGGGAAAAGCCUUAUGAAUGUAAGGAAUGUGGGAGAGCCUUCAGAGGUCUCUCAAGCCUUCGAGCACACAUGAUCACUCACACUGGAGAUGGACCUUAUAAAUGUAAGGAAUGUGAGAGAGCCUUCAUUUCUCCUAGUUCUUUUCGAAUACAUCAAAGGAUUCACACUGGAGAGAAACCCUAUGAAUGUAAACAAUGUGGUAAAGCCUUCAGUUACUAUAAUUCCUUACAAUCACACAGAAGAACUCAUACUGGAGAGAAACCCUAUGAAUGCAAGGAAUGUGGGAAAGCCCUCUCCCAUCACCAAACCUUAAAAAUACACAUGAGACUGCACACUGGAGAGAAACCCUAUGAAUGUAAACAAUGUGGUAAAGCCUUCAGAUAUUACCCUUCCUUUCACAAACACAAACAAAUUCAUACUGGAGGGAAACCCUUCGAAUGUGAACAAUGUGGUAAAGCCUUCAGUUAUUACAAUUCCUUACAGUCACACGGAAGAACUCAUACUGGAGAGAAACCCUAUGAAUGCAAGGAAUGUGGGAAAGCCCUCUCCCAUCACCAGACCUUAAGAGUACACAUGAGACUGCACACUGGAGAGAAACCCUAUGAAUGUGAACAAUGUGGUAGAGCUUUCAGAUAUUACACUUCCUUCCAAAAGCACAAAAGAGUUCAUACUGAGAAGAAAUUCUAUGAAUAAGGAAUAUGGAAAAGCCUUUAGUUGAUCAACUUCACUUUGAAAACAUGAAAGAAGCCACACUGGAGAGAAAGCCUGUCAGUGUAAACAAGGCGGGAAAGCCUUCAGAUAUUUUCAAAGUUUGAAAACACAUGAAAGGACUCCCAUAGAAGAGAAACCUUGUAAGCAAUGUGAUAAAUCCUGCAGAGAUUACACUUCAUUAGAAAUGCGCAAAAGAACUCAUACUGAAGAGAAACCCUGUGACUGUAAGGAAUGUGGGAAAGCCUUCAGAUGUUAUCAGAGGUUUUUUUUGAAGAUGUGAAAAAGAUCAGAGUGGAGGGAAUGUGGUAAACCCUUCAUUUGUCACAAACCAUUUGAAGACGUGUGAGAACACACACUGGAGAGGCACCAUAUAAAUGUAAAGAAUGUUGGAAAGCCUUGAGUCAUCCCAGUUCUGAAAGGAUGAAAGGACUCACUGGACAAAAACUCUUGAGUUAAACAGCCUGGGAAAGAGUUCAGUGAGCCCACAUCUUUACAUGUGAAAAAGAAUAUAAAUGUAAGUAACAUGAGAAAACUUGAUGGAAAUUAAUCUAUGUGUAACGUUCCAGAAAAUAGGAAAGAGUUGUUAUUAAAGUUGUAAAUAUGUUGUCUUUAUCAAGCCUCUUUUCUUAGAGUGCACCA